AUGUCUGUAUUGCAGCUUUCUCAAAACUUACUCUCGCAAACAUAUGAAGAGAUUCACGGGUUGAGUGCUGAUGACAUGUCGCUGCUGGAGCGCGUCAUGGCCGAGGCUCUAUUGCAUGUCCGAUCCACCAUGAAUGCCGCGCGUCCAAUCAGUCGAUUUCCCAAUGAGAUUCUUGGUCUCAUCUUCCAGUAUGCAUCGGAUCUGCCCGAUGAAAAGGACAAUGUAUCGCCAGAUCCGAAGUCACCAUUUCUGUCCAGGAAGGUGCUCUGGAGCAUCACCCAUGUCUGCCAGCGAUGGCGGGAUGCCGCUAUAAGUACAUCUUCUCUUUGGACCAUUAUCUGCAAUCACGAUUAUGUGCCAUAUACCACUGUCUUGCAACGCUCGAAACCCGCACUUCUAAAGGUGCACAUCCAUAAAGGAGACCCCGAGAUGUCUAAAACGAUUCUGUCGAAUACACCAUACCCGCGAAUACAGGAACUCUAUCUGAGUGAUACAGAUCUCGACAACUAUUGCCCGACGAAUUAUGCUCAUUUCUUUGCACUCAGGGUGCUGUCGCUUGUUGAAGUACGGAUGACGGCUGAAGGUGCUCGUUCUUUGCUAUCACACGGAGGUGCACGUUGCUUAACCGUGCUGUCCCUGAAUGGUGUGCGUGUUGAUGCAAGUAUCACCUUAUCGGACCUGACAACUUUCAUUUCGGGGUGUCCCAGACUCGAGGAGCUCAUGCUCGAGGACUUAUCCUUGGAACCCCCGCCCCGCAACACAACUCUCCACGUACCGUCAUUGCAACACCUUCGGAGGAUCGCCGUCGGUGAGCCAUGGGAAGAAGGUGCAUUCCUCGCCUCAUGGCUCAUCGCGCAUGCCGACAGAUCUGGGGGAGUGGCUGCCCGUAUCUAUAACCAGGAUACCUUCCCUCUCCGGUCUGAAUUCUCCUCCAUUUACCCGACAUCCUUCGAUGGUUUGCAGACACUCGAUGUGCGCGCUCUGCACCGGCCUGAGUGCCAUCCGGCUCUGGUUGUGACUGCUUGUAGUGCGCUGUCCGCGCUCCGGGUCGAGUGUUCCAAAUCACACAGCGGUUGGGGGAAGACGGAGGACGGGGGACCGUUCUUGUGGCGCGAUUGGCCGCUGACACAUGUGCAGGAGCUUCACAUCAGAGAUUCGGAGGACGUGCGUGAACACACCGGUCUCGUGUCGCUCCUCCCGUGGCUCGUGUCGUUGACAUCGCUGGUGGUACAUGCAUUCGAGGCCGAGAAGCCCAGUGUACUCCGCAUACUGGCAACGCCGCCCGACCUGUCUCUAGGCACGUGGCUUCCCUGUCCCGAACUCGCCACGUUGCACGUCAUCGCGGAGGAUGCGUCUGUAGUAGACGACAUUGUCGCUCUUGCGACGAUGCGAGCCGAACACGGACGGCCGCUUCACACUAUCUUCCUUAGAUUCCCCCAGCCCGCUGCUGACGAGCGUGCACUGGCCAACUUGAUAGCGCGGAAUGCGUGUGUGCAGUCCGUACAGGUGUCUGGUUUGCCUGAUGUGGAAGUGAAGUGGCCGGCUCUUUGUACUGGGGGCGCGGAGAUUUUCUGGCCCGCGUUGUAG